CGGGGUUGUGAGCAAUUAGAUUCAUCCACGUCGCGUCCCGACUGGUCUACGUGGGACCCACAAUUGAAAGAGGGAAAAAGUUUUUUUGGGAAACGAGAAAAUCUGCUCAAAAAAAGGAGAGCUACGAAGGGCAACAAAAACAAACACACGCGAUGUGCAGCAAAACCUGUCCAAACUCCACCACCAUCAAAACCACUACCACUCCGCCAUGGGAUUGUCAUCCAAAAACACAAUCGCAUCUCCAUCUCACAUCCUCCCCUCCAUUGCAGCAUUUGCUUCCCUCUCUAUUACAUUUGUCAUCAUCUACAAGGUGGACAACUUCGCCGCCCAAACGAAGACUGUUGCCGGGCACAACCUAGAGCCCACGCCUUGGCACCUCUUCCCGCCCAAAACAUUCAACGAGCAAACCCGGCAGGUUCGUAACUACAAGAUUCUACAUUGCUCUUACCUCACUUGUGGGUACAGCUCCAACGACGAUGAAUCAGACUUACUCCUUUCUCGUUCCACCAAAGCAAAAGCAAGUGGGAAGAAAUGCCCGGAUUUCUACCGUUGGAUCCAUCACGAUCUGGAACCGUGGUCUCGGACCCGAAUUUCCACCACCCAUCUGAAGGAAGCCCGGGAAUUCGCUGCAUUUCGGGCCGUGAUCGUUGGUGGGAAGCUGUAUGUGGAUUUGUACUAUGCUUGUGUGCAAAGCCGAGCCAUGUUUACGAUUUGGGGUUUGUUGCAACUCCUUAGGAGGUACCCUGGGAUGGUACCUGAUGUUGAUAUGAUGUUUGAUUGUAUGGACAAGCCCAGUAUUAACCGGACCGAACACAGGUCGAUGCCCUUGCCUUUGUUCCGGUAUUGUACCACUGAGGAUCACUUCGACAUCCCAUUUCCUGAUUGGUCUUUCUGGGGUUGGCCAGAAACAAAUCUUAAUCCAUGGGAUGAGGAGUUUAAGAGCAUUAAGUAUGGUUCUCAAGAAACAAGUUGGUCAAAGAAGGCACCCCGUGCAUACUGGAAAGGAAAUCCAGAUGUUGGCUCUCCCAUUCGUACUGAGUUAUUAAAUUGUAACCACUCUAGGAAGUGGGGUGCUCAAAUUAUGCGCCAGGAUUGGGCGGAAGAAGCAAAAGGAGGUUAUGAAAAGUCCAAACUAUCUAGUCAGUGUGAUUAUCGGUACAAAAUCUAUGCUGAAGGCUAUGCAUGGUCCGUGAGCAUGAAAUAUAUUCUAUCUUGUGGUUCUCUUUCCUUAAUAAUAUCCCCGAAAUAUGAAGAUUUUUUUAGCCGUGGCCUCUUUCCUGGGAAAAAUUAUUGGCCCAUUUCCGAUACUGAUUUAUGCCCGUCUAUAAAGUAUGCUGUUGACUGGGGUAAUGCUCACCCCUCUGAGGCAGAGGCAAUAGGAAGAGGAGGGCGGGAUUUUAUGGGAAGCCUGAGUAUGGACCGAGUCUAUGAUUACAUGUUUCACCUCAUCAACGAGUACUCAAAGCUACUGGACUUUAAGCCAGUACGGCCAUCCUCUUCUUUGGAAGUCUGUAAAGAAUCUUUGCUAUGUCUUGCUGACGCGAAACAGAGAGAACUCCUUGAAAGAUCAACAGCAUACACUUCUCCAAGCCCUCCUUGCUUUCUUCAGCCUCCUGAUAGUAAUUUCAUCAACAAUUGGAUACAGAAAAAGAAGAAAACAAUAAAGGAUAUGGAAGAUAUGAAGCUAAAGGGUUAAAUUUUUUAAAUUAGGCUGCUGCCAUCAACUACCAUUAAAAUUUGUAGAUUCUUUUUUUUCUUAUUAUUAUUUUGUUUAUGUGGCUUGCCAUCUUUGAAGUAGGAUUGAAUAUUGAUUUGAAUUAGUUAGUUACUGAUAUUAUAAACUAAGUGAUAUACACGAUCAAUAAAUUGAAACUCAAUUUCUCUUCGAA